AUGCAGAUUUCAUACGAAGACUUACUCACGCAGCACACGGAAAAAGUGAAGACAAAACCAGUGGAGAAGACAAAGUCAUACGAAUCUACUGUAAGCAAGCUAGAAGAAGGUUCUAUCUUGCAGCCCUUGAUAGAGACUGAGCUAGAGAGGCAGCUAGCCGACAUAACAGACCCAGACAGAGUGAAGGAAAAAAGAAGAAAAAAACAAGUUGAUGCAAGAGUAGCGCAAAGUAAUAUAUGGAGCAAGAGGAUUAAAAGUAAAGCCUACAGAAAGGUAAAGAGAGAAGAAAAGCAAAGAAAAUUAACUGAAAAUAUGAAAAUACAGAUAGAAUUAGAGGAUGAAGAUGAAAUGCCCUUUGAAAGGCCUGCAAAAAGUGAAAACCCAGAUGUAAUUUCAUUAAUAAACCAGCACAUCAAGAAAAACCAAGAAAAUCUCUGUGAAAUAAAUUCGCUCCCAACUGAAAACCAGCAAGAGGAAAAAUCCACCGAAAAUACCACCCUCCAAAGAACCACGACCCCCAAGGACUCACCAUCUGCCAUUGAGAGUAUCUUGGAGGUAGACCAAUUCGUCACAGAAAAGAUAAAAAUCGAACAGAGUGAUGCCCCAGAAGUAAGGGAAGAAACACUUUUAGGGUGGAAUUCCUGGGGAGGUGCUUCUUUGGAAACAAAAAAAAAUCCGUCCAACACAAAAAAAAUUACAAGAACUGGAAUUACGAUUAGAAAACGAAAGGAUUUUGCUACUUCCCAUUUAAUUAUAAAUGAGUCACUUUCUAGCACAACAAGAAACAAGAAGUAUUCAGCACAAAUUAACCCAAAGGAGGCAGAUGACACAAUCAUCCCAGCCAUAAACCAGCCUGCCACCCUCUUAGACAGACUUAUUUCCAGAGAAAAAGAAAAAAGAACACUUUUAUAA